CCUCUCAAAAAACCCUUCAACCUAAAAGCUUAAGCGUGAGAUCCUUACAAAGGUUUUUACUCUCUAAUGAGUAACCAAAUUUCCUCCCUUGCUCUCUCUCUUAUUCUCUAAUACGUAACCAAAUUUCCUCCCUUCCACUCUCUCUCUCUCCAUCCCCCCACCUCUACCCCAUUCAUGGCUUCUUCCCAGUAUUGGUACAGAGUGACCAAUAAUGGGGGAGCCGAGAGAAAACACCAGUGCUGCCUUCUCUUCGGAGGCACAACCAUCACCACCGCCACCACCACCACCACCACCACCACCGCCGCCCCGCAGGGAGGUGUCCCUUGUCCAACCCUCCGGUAAGAAGAAACAUAAGCCCGCCAAGGUCUCUCGCGUCUUCAAAUCUGUUUUCCGAUCGGUUCCAAUCAUAACGCCUGUGUGUAAGUUUCGAGGAAUUCCAGGUGGGUUGUCGGAUGGGCAUGGGCAUCGCGUUGCUGGGAAUCGUGUGACGGGCACCAUGUUCGGAUACCGUAAGGGAAAGGUGAGCUUGUCGGUGCAGGAGAAUCCACAGUGUCUCCCUACGCUUGUAGUGGAGCUGGCCAUGGAAACCAAUGUGUUGCAGAAAAAGAUGAGCUCCGGCAUUACCAGGAUUGCACUGGAGUGCGAGAAGAGACCAGGGAAAGACAAGAUAAAGCUGUUCGAAGAGCCCCUUUGGACAAUGUACUGCAACGGAGAGAAGAGUGGAUACAGCGUCAGGAGGGAGGCGUCGGAGGAGGAUCUGAACAUCAUGGAGCUCCUCAAGGCCGUCUCCAUGGGAGCCGGCGUUCUCCCUGGGAAUUCGAAGCUAGAGGGACCAGAUGGUGAAAUGGAUUACAUUCGGGCUCCUUUUGUGCAUAUCGUGGGUUCUAAAGACUCUGAGACCCUAUACAUGGUAAGCCCUGAAGGUAACAUUAAUGGGCCAGAACUCACCAUCUUCUUCGUUAGGAUUUGAUCCACUCCAAGCCUCCAACAGAGUGAUUGGCAUAUGGGAAUCAUUCGAGUAUGCAUCGCUUUAUGCAUAUCAUCUCAUCACGUUAUCCUCCCUUUAAACACGCCACAGAUGAUGUGGGUGAUAUCUUGUCUUGUUUCAAUGGAAGGAGAUGAUCCAACCAAAGUUGCAGAUGUAGAAUGAAGGAGGGGAGGAUUAGAGGUUAAUUGCUUAGGAGAUCCAAUCAGGUGAACAAUAAAAGAGAAGACUAGUACAAGGAAAAUAUCUGUUUUCUUAAUCAUUCAAAUGAAGAGUUGUGUCUUCUGUUGUAUAAAAAUGGCCUUCCUUGUAUAGAAAAUACCUUUGAAGGAAAAAGUAGAGAAAGGAA